ACCUGAUGUCCAUAAUUAAACGGGUCGGGCCAGUUAAGCCAGAUGAACUCACCGACCUCUGGCUAGGGUUUUUGUGUCUGGUGCAAGCACAGAAGGAGGAGAAAGAAAGAGAGAGGUAAGCCCUAAUCAGGAUUGAGAAUGAGGCCAAUAUUGAUGAAAGGGCAUGAGAGGCCACUAACAUUCUUGAAGUACAACAGGGACGGAGACCUUCUCUUCUCCUGCGCUAAGGACCACAACCCUACCGUCUGGUUCGCCGACAAUGGCGAGCGCCUCGGCACUUACCGUGGCCACAACGGCGCCGUCUGGUGUUGCGAUGUCUCAAGGGAUUCUAUGCUGCUCAUUACUGGAAGUGCCGAUCAGUCGGUGAAGCUGUGGAAUGUUCAAACAGGGGCACAGCUUUUCUCGUUCAAUUUUGAUUCUCCAGCCAGAGCUGUAGAUUUUUCCGUUGGUGAUAAGCUUGCAGUCAUCACUACCGAUCCCUUUAUGGGAUUGCCUUCUGCUAUUCACGUCAAGCGCAUUUCCAGAGAUCCCAGUGAACAGACUGAUGAGUCUGUGCUCACGCUCAAGGGCCCUCAGGGAAGAAUAAAUCGAGCUGUCUGGGGACCUUUGAACAAGACUAUUAUAAGUGCUGGUGAAGAUGCUGUGAUACGUAUCUGGGAUUCUGAGACAGGAAAAUUGCUUAAAGAGUGUGACAAGGAAAUUGGUCACAAAAAGCCGAUUACAUCACUCUCAAAGUCUGCAGAUAGCUCACAUUUUCUUACUGGUUCCCUAGAUAAGUCUGCUAAGCUUUGGGAUUCCAGGUCAUUGACACUUAUCAAGACCUAUGUGACAGAACGACCAGUCAAUGCAGUUGCUAUGUCUCCGCUUCUUGAUCAUGUGGUGCUUGGAGGUGGUCAGGAUGCUUCAGCUGUCACAACAACAGAUCAUCGUGCUGGGAAGUUUGAAGCCAAAUUCUUUGACAAGAUUCUUCAAGAAGAAAUAGGAGGAGUGAAAGGCCACUUUGGACCAAUAAAUGCUUUGGCAUUCAACCCAGAUGGUAAAAGGUUGAAUAUACAGAAUUAUUCAGAAAACUUACAUUGUAUCAGAGCUUGGUUCAAAACCCUAGCAGCCAACACAAAUCUCUUUUUGGUUUUGAUCUUUGAUUCAAUCAAGUUCUUUGUUCCUUUCUUCGUUUGGUUCGUUCGUCUGAUUCGAAGUCGACUUGAAGUCAACCCAUCUGGUUCUUCUUCUUCUCUCUCUCUCUCUCUCUCUCUCUCUCUCUCUCUCUCGUCUAGUUCAUCAUUGGGUAUGGUUCGUUCGGGUCAUUUGCUUCAUUCGAUCGAUCGUCUGCUCCCUCUCAUUUGGUUCGUCUAAUUCAGCAUUGGGUCAUCUGCUUCGAUCCUUUGAUUCGUCUGGCUUGUACGACUUAUCUAAGCUAUGAAGGAUGAGUUGUUUGCUUUAUAAAAAACUAGUACUUGGGAGUUAGUUCCUUUGCUUGCUGGUAAGAAUUUGGUUGGUUGCAAAUGGGUCUACAAAGUCAAAACUUAUUCUGAUGGUUUUCUUGAGCGCU